AUUUGACGUAUCUAUUCCCGAAGUUGUUAGUCGCUUGAAAUAACAAUAAAACAAGGAUUCUGAAAGAGUUAAUUAUAUGUCAAAAACUUGCAUCUUUGAAGACGUCUGUUGAAUUAUUUCCUAUUACUUAUUUAGUUACUCGUGUAUAGGAACAGCAUUUUCCUCGCUUCCAAAAUGGCUGAAGAAUACUUGUAUAAGGUGUUGAUUAGUAAAUUAUUGCCUCCUGGAGGAUACACUAAAAAUGAACUAUUGGAAGUUGUAUGUAACAAAAUCAACAUCCCUUAUUGUGUUAUUUCACCGGAUUUUGAGACUGCUUUAAAGCUACUAGUUGAAGAAAAGUUGCUUCAGGUUAAUGCCAACAGAUACUACAAAACCAAAUUUUGUGAAGAUUUGGCUCACAGUAAUUACAGCCUGAGUCUUGUAAUCCAAAAUAUCCAUAAAAUGUAUGCCCAAAAAUUACCAAACUUCAGUACUGAUAUGGCAAAAACUAACCAGCAAAAUGAUUUUGGGGAAUAUGGAAUGUGUCCCCCGGUAGUAAUGAAAGAAGGUUUUUUGAAUGUAAUAUUUCCUGAUGAACUUGAAGAGUCUGACGAUGAUAUUUCAUGCGAGCCACCACGUAAGAAAUUGCAUCUGGAUCCAUUCGACCAGCCUUCAUCAAGCAACAAUUGUGGGUUCAGACAAAACAUCAUGGACACUUCAGAAGCAGAUAUCAUUUCUUAUCCAAAUACGUCAACUAAUUCUUUUUUCUCGUCACCAUCAGGUUCAGGAUAUCAAGGGCAGGAUCCCGAUAGUGAAGAUUACGAGCCAGCAGCCAAACGUCCAAUGCUUGAUAAACCGCCUUUCAAAUAGGGCGUUUGUUAAUUGUUGCGUAUAAAAAUCUGCUGCAAAUCAUAUUUUUGUUAACAUAUUUAAUAUUUUAAAUUUAUUACAACAAAAUUUCUUGAGUGCAUUCACUACAACACUUUAACAAAUUCCAAAUUAUUGUUG